AUGCAAAAGUACAUGUAUGAGAAAGCAAUGGCCCAAGAGACAAGGAACGGAGGAACCUCUACGUUAAACAACAACAAUGGUGUUGACAACAGCAAGAAGAAGCUGCUAAUAGCGCUCGACAUCUUCUGUCUUCUACUUGCUAGCCUGCCUUUCCUGAUCAUUGAGACUAGCACCAUAAAGCCGUACCAGCGCGGGUUUUACUGUUCGGACGAGUCCAUCCGCUACCCCCAAAAAGUGGGCGACACCAUUAGCGAUGCCGUGCUUUGUGGUGUUGGCAUUCUUAUUGCCAUCUUCUCUAUCGUGAUUGGAGAAUGCUUCCGGAUUCACCAGCUACACGAGGGAACCAAGUCUUUUGUGGGGAAUCCUUACGUCGCAGCCCUCUACAAACAGAUGGGUGUGUUUCUCUUUGGAUGUGCCGUCAGCCAGUCGUUCACGGACAUUGCCAAGGUGUCGGUGGGCCGUAUGAGGCCCCACUUCAUAGACGUGUGCAAACCAGAUUUCUCCAAGAUCGACUGCUCACUGGGAUACAUCACCAACUACACCUGCUCUGGCAAGGAAAGUGAUGUACAGGAGGCCAGGAAAUCCUUCUUCUCAGGACACGCCUCUUUUUCAAUGUUUACCAUGCUCUACCUGGCUUUCUAUCUCCAGUCCAGGUUUACAUGGCGCGGCGCUCGUCUUCUCCGCCCGCUGCUCCAGUUCACCCUGUUGAUGAUGGCCUUUUACACCGGCCUAUCACGUGUCUCCGACCACAAGCACCACCCGACUGAUGUCCUGGCAGGCUUUGUGCAGGGAGCCCUGGUGGCCUACUGCAUAGUGUUCUACGUGUCCGACCUGUUCAAGCCCAGGGUGAAGCCAGCCACGCCCCCGCCCUCGCCCAUCAAGAAGGAGCUGCUCCCUUCCUCCGACAUCAUCGAGAGGAACAACCACCACAACAUGGUGUGAGAGAGAGGCCCGCGACGUCUUCCUGCGACCGAGGAGCCAAUCACAGCGCUGCUCACCUCCCAUCGGACAGUAGAAUGUAGCGACGAGAGACUGUAGCUGCUUCUCAAACGGCAUCCUCCUCCCUUUGGCCCAGCGAGGCACUCUGUGGACUAGGGUGUCAGAUUUGAGAUUUGCACAGCAGAGUCCACUCUCAUUAUCCAGACUUACUAUUUACCAUUUUGUUAACUACUAAUCAGCAUUUGAGCCCAUCAUUUUUGAGCACAAACAGGGAAGAAUUGGAAGCUAAAAGACAAAAAGGAAAAAAAAAAAAAAAACAAAUUCAGAAAUUGAUGACCUGACAGGCAGAGCUGAGGGUGCGGAGGGUUGAUGGAAGUGUAACCACAUAAAGGGAAAAAAAAACCCUUGUGAAGAAAAAAAACAAAUGAAGAAAAAGAGACACAAAAAGACAAACCCCCCUGCCUAGGGAGAGAGGGAUGUCCAGCGAUGCUUCCUCUCUGAACUCUCUGUGGCCUUGGAAUGCCGUUGGACAACAACUUCCUUAGCUACGGGAAGGAUAUUACUGCAAUAACUAGCGGCAUAGAAAUAUUAACAGUAUAGAAAAAAAUAUAACUUAUAGCACUGUUUUUUGUUUUUUUUUAAAGUUCAUUGUCCAUUAUCACCACUCGCUGCCUGAGGCGUCUUACGGAAAGAAAACUUGAUGAUGCUGAGACCCGCGAGACAGAAAUGUGACCCGACUGAGCCUGGUGUGGUGGUCGCACAAGACUCCACACUCGGGCAGGAUAAAGUUAGCAUAGCACGGCUUUCAUUACAGUAACCCUGUAGGCCACCGACCUUCUUUGCGGUCUUUCUAACGUGUCAGAGCAGUCCUCUGGCUGUCUUGCAAACCUUUUUGACUGAUAGUUGAGACAUCAGUAUCCCCAAUAAGCUGUGUCUGCCCUCCGACCUCAUACACUUCUGUCUCCAAAUCAGCACCUCAAGCUUUUUUGCCUCGGACUCUCAGAGCGGCCCAAAACCCGGGAUGUUGCAUUUCUUUGAGGGUUAGAUGUAGUAAAAGGGGGGAUAUUUUCUGUGGAAGGAGGGAGGCAGAUCUCCCAGCCUCCCAGCACCUGUACGAGAGGCGUGGCUGUGCCAUGCCACUUCCUGGUGUUGGGGCCAUCCGCUUGGCUUCCUGAAGUGGAAGAGGAUGUGUAGGCAGAGUGAAGGGGUGCAGUCUUGUCACCGUGGAAAGAGGGUGAUGAUAUACAGCUAAGCUGGCACAUUAUUUUGGGAUGAUUUGGGCUCUUUCCGCUGGCAGGGAGGGGCUCUCACCCACCCAAUCACUCAUUGGCAAUGGAUGUUGGUCUCUCAGUGUGUGUGUGUGUAUGUGUCUGUGUGUUUGUGCUUGUGUGGGUACGCUCGUGCUUGUACAUGUACAUCUUGUGUGUGUGUGUUUGAAUGUGUGUGUACAUAUGUAUGAGCGCUGUGAAACCUCCCCCCUCGAUAAACUAUGUGUGUGUCAUAAAACACACGCACCGUUAGCUGUGCCAAGUGUGAAUGUGUGCGUGCCACUGUGCGUCAGAGAGCGAGCGGGCAGGCGAACGUUAUAAAAACUGUGGAUCUUUUUAUUUUUAUUCUCUGCUAAGAAGCAUCUUUAACCUUGUAUGUUUAUAGCCGGUCCUGUAUAAUCACUAACAGUUGUACAGACACAGAAGCCCUUUUUAUUUACAGCCUACUCAGAUAUCCUCCUCCAACAACACACUCCGCCAUGUUGCACAUCUUUUCUCAUCGUAUAGUCCGUCCUAUCAUUUCACAAAGCCGUUUUCACACUCUUUUUAUAAAUAUAUAAAUAAUGUAUAGAUCACUAAAAUUAACUCUGUAAGAUAUUGUUUCUUAACAUGUUUAGAUAUAUCCACUAUGAUUACAGACCUGUGUUCUUUACAAAAUGCUGCUUAAAAAGCAUCGAUUUGACAGAUUUUUGUAUCUAGAUAACUAAACUAUUGUAGAUUUGUUAUAGUUAUGUUGUGUAAUAUGCAUUCAAAAACAAAUACACCCACAAUUGUAUUAAAAUUCAUUAUUAGUAUUUUUGUAUUGUCUCGUUUUUUUGUACAAACAACAUAGUUGCAAUGCUGUUUUUUUUUCCUGCUAAUUGUACUUAGCUCUAAUACAUGUGCUUUUAAAUAAAAAGCUCAUUAUGAACACA